UCAACCACGUUGAGACAAAAGCUAAUCAUUUGUGGUGAGAACUCAAACAAGCUGUAGGAGAAAAUUGAACUGACACACAUCUUUUGCGAUGGCAGACGCAGUCCAGUUAAAGGAAGAGGGGAAUAAGUAUUUCCAGGGAGGGGAAAUCGACAAGGCCAUUGAUAGCUACACACAAUCGCUAAAAGUAUGCAAAGACAAAAAAGUGGCAGCCAUUGUCUACAGAAAUCGCUGUGCCUGCUUCCUUAAAAAGGAAAAAUACAGCCAAGCAGCUGCAGAUGCUUCAAAAGCCAUUGAUGUAGAUGCCAAAGAUAUCAAAGCCCUGUACAGACGCUGCCAGGCUCUUGAGAAGUUGGGCAAGCUAGACAUGGCCUUCAAAGACGUCCAGAGAUGCGCCACAAUUGAGCCCAAGAACAAAACCUUCAUCGAAACCCUGAGACGGCUUGGUGCCGAAAUCCAACAGAAGCUGAAAACAUCCUUCUCCACGGACUCAAGAGUACAGAACAUGUUUGACAUCCUGCUUUCUGAUGAACCAGAGAAAGACAAAUGUGAAAAGGCUGCAAACAACUUGAUUGUCCUGGCACGAGAGGACGCUGGUGCUGAGAGAAUCUUCCAGAACAACGGAGUGGCCCUCUUACAACAGCUGAUUGAGACCGGGAAGCCCGAGAUGAUUCUUGCAGCCAUCCGAACCCUGUCAGGAAUGUGUACUGGCCACAAAGCCAGGGCCAUGGCUAUCACCCACCUUGUUGGCAUUGAGAAACUGUGCAGGAUAAUGGCGGUGGAUAACGAGGAGAUUGCCUUGGCAACGGCCAACCUCUUCCAGUGUGUUUAUGACUCCCUGGCAGGAGAGGACAGGAGGGAGUAUGGCAAAGAGGAGGCCAUUGUUCUUGAUGCAAGCAAAGACCUGAAGACCAUCCUUUUGGCUUUUUUGGAGAUGGUGUCCAGCAAGACGGUGUCAGGGCAUGGCAGAGACCAAGCUCUCAAUCUCCUGUGUAAGAAUGUUCCACGUCAAAACAAAAAAGAACAGGACCAUUCCAGAGCUCUUUUCACCAUUGACCAUGGCCUUCGUAAGAUCCUGAAGGUGUGUGGACAGAUCCCUGAGCUGCCAGAUCAGCUGCCGUUGACAGAGAACACCCAGCUGAUUGCCAGCAUCCUCCUCAACAAGCUGUACGAUGACCUGCGCUGCGACCCAGAGAGAGACAACUUCAGGGACAUCUGUGAUGAAUACAUUUCGAGCAAGUUUGACCCCAAUGACAUGGACAAGAACAUCCACGCCAUCAACACCUUGUCGGGCAUCCUGCAGGGUCCGUUCGAGGUGGGCGACAAGCUGGUGGGCCGGCAGGGCGUGAUGGAGAUGAUGGUGGCGCUGUGCGGCUCGGAGCGCGAGGUGGACCAGAUGGUGGCCGUGGAGGCCCUCAUCCACUCCUCCACCAAGAUGAGCCGCGCCUCCUUCUUCACCACCAACGGCGUCUCACUGCUCAAGGAGAUCUACAAGAAGACCAAGAACGAGAAGAUCAAGAUCCGCGCUCUCGUGGGUCUGUGUAAGAUUGGCUCUGCUGGUGGUGAUGACUAUGGCCUGAGACAGUUUGCCGAGGGCUCUACAGAGAAGUUGGCCAAACAGUGCAGAAAAUGGCUGUGUAAUCCGAAUAUUGAUGCUCGUACGAGGAAGUGGGCCGUGGAGGGUUUGGCCUACCUCACCAAUGACGCGGAUGUAAAAGAUGACUUUGUUGAGGACGAGCCUGCCAUGAAAGCUAUGUUUGACCUUGCCAAGUCUCCAGACAAGACUAUUCUCUACGCCGUGGCCUGCACCCUGGUCAACUGCACCAACAGCUACGACAAGAAGGACAUCCUUCCUGAGCUGGUGCAGCUGGCCAAGUUCUCCAAGCAGCACGUGCCAGAGCAGCAUCCCAAGGAUAAAAAGGACUUCAUUCAGCUCCGAGUGAAGAGGAUGUUGAAAGCUGGUGUGACGUCUGCUCUUGCUGUCAUGGUGAAAGCAGACAGCACCAUCCUCACUGACCAGACCAAAGAAAUGCUGUCAAGGGUCUUCUUGGCUUUGGCAGAUGAUCCAAAAGACCGUGGUGCCAUUGUUGCUCAGGGGGGUGGAAAGGCACUCAUUCCUUUGGCACUGGAGGGAACAAAAUUAGGAAAAGUCAAGGCCUGUCACGCCUUGGCAAAGAUUGCUGCCAUUUCCAACCCAGAGAUUGCCUUCCCUGGAGAGAGGGUGUAUGAGGUUGUGAGGCCUCUGGUCAGCUUGUUGAAUACAGAGAGGGAUGGAAUGGAGAACUUUGAAGCUCUGAUGAGUCUGACCAACCUGUCUGGCUUCAGUGAGAAACUAAGGACGAAGAUUGUGAAGGAGAACGCUCUGCCAGACAUUGAGUCCUACAUGUUUGAAGAGCACGACCAGAUCAGACAAGCAGCAACUGAGUGCAUGUGCAACCUGGUCAGCUGCAAAGAGGUCCAGGACAGGUACUUGGCGGACGGCAACGACAGGCUGAAGUUGCUGGUGCUGCUGUGCUCCGAGGACGAUGACAAGCUGCAGAGGGCGGCCGCCGGAGCACUGGCCAUGCUCACCGCCAAGCACGCCAAGCUCUGCACCAAGAUCUCACUUGUGACAACACAGUACUUGGAGAUCCUGCAGAGGUUGUGUCUCCACGACAAUAUCGAGGUUCAGCACAGAGGCCUGGUGAUUGUCUACAACAUGCUAGGCGCAGACGACGAGUUGGCCAAGAAGCUUAUCGAGAGCGAGCUGCUGGAGAUUCUGACCAUAGUGGGGAAACAGGAGGACCACCCCAAGAGGCAGCCUGUGCUCGAUGUUGCCCGCGCGUGCCUCUCCAAGGCCAUGGAUCUUGGACUUAUUAAGCCUUUCAGUUGUGGCAAAGAGUAGGCUUGACAACCUGGCUGUAUUAUUUUUGUUUUUUGUUUUUGUUUUGGAAGACCGAAGGACUGGGAUAGCUGUGAUAGGACUGGGAUAGUUUUAUUCCAAGUCUUUUUUAUUAUUAUAUUUCACUUUGUAACUGUGUUAUUUAUUUUUGAAGUAAAAAAGACUGUCAAAUUUGGUUGAUGUAUUUCUAUUUUUAUGAUUAUUUCCCCAUGUAUUUUACACCUUCUGAUGAAACAGACUUUGGUAUAAUUUGCGUAUGUAUUGUUUCUUUUGCAUACACCAUGAUGGAUAGCCUAUGCUAAAUAAAUGUGGAGA